GACAGGAAAGCAAAAUGGCGGAUGAAGAUGUUACGCUGAAUGGUAAACCUCUACAAUCGCUCCGUGUGGCAGACUUGAAAGCCGCUUUGGAGCAACGAUGCCUCCCUAAAAGCGGGGCGAAAAAUACACUCAUUAAGCGACUGAAAGGGGCUCUAAUGUUGGAGAAUCUUCAGAGGACCUCCACUCCCCAUAUUGGGCUCCAGCCCAACUCCCAGAUUGGGGAGGAGAUGAGCCAGAACAGCUUUAUAAAGCAGUACCUGGCCCAGCAGCAGGAGCUCCUCCGCCAGAGACUGGAGAGGGAGGCCCGGGAGGCAGCCGAGGCCGACGAAAGCCCAGCGGGCCCAGAGGAGGAGGAGCAAACAGAGGAGGGCAACGACAGUGAUUCCUACCACCCUGACAAGCAUCGCCCCAUGCCCUCCCAGCCCCCACUGACCCGGGCUGAGGAAGAAGGAGGAGGAGGGCCGAUGAUGAUGGGGCACCAGGGCCAAGGGAUGAUGAUGGGCCAAGGGAUGAUGUCUCGCAGACCAGACUUUGGCCCAAGCUCUGUGCCCCAAGAGUCCCCUAACGCCCCUGGAGGUCCUGGAUCCUGGAUGCAGCACCGUCCCUCCCUCCAACAUGGCCUCCACCACGAGGAGCCCACCACCCCUUCCCCGCCCCGAGCUGUGGCCUCCCUGUCGGUGCGCGUCCUAGGGGACCCAGAGCGCCAGGGCCUGCCCCCGUCCAUGCCCUCCCGCGCCCAGACCCAGGAGAAGGAAGGCACCGCCCCGGCGGAUGACGACCGACCUGCCCACUCCGUACUCCACCUCAGCCGCUCCGCCCGUGCAGCAGCUGGCGGUAACCGCGUCCAGGAAGACGGUGACGAUGAUGACAGCAGUGAGGAGGAUGAAGAUGAGUGGGGACCUGCGGCGGGGGCGAGGAGAGGUGGCGGAAGAGGAUGUGCCCCUCCCCCACAGCCCCAGCAGCCUUCCCCCAGCGUCCCAGCGGCCCGAGAGCGAUCCAGACGCAAGCUCCAGCCUCCGCAACACAUCCCCCCUCAGCAGGUAGUACACCAGCCCCCCAUGCAGCUCCGCCAGCCCACCCCGCCCCCCUCUCCACCCCCAGAGCUCUCCUUCCCCCUCCCCGACACCCCCAAACAAAGUCCACCCGACAUGGAUGAGGAGUCAGAAGGAGCUGGGGUGGCUGUCCGCCCCCCUCCAGGUGGCCUCCAGAGGCAGGACUCUGACUCCAGCUCCCGAUCUAGCAGCCCAGAGCCCCUAGCCCAGCGCCGGCCCGGACCCCUCUCUUUGCUGGCCCGCAAGAUGGCGUCCGAGGGAGCUUUCGGUAAGAGAGGCGAGGGUGCGCUGGCGGAUGGCCAGACAGGUCCUGGAGGGGAGGCUUCCGGACCAGGAGAUGGAGUUGGGAGCAGCCCAGGAGCUGGAGCAGGACCGGGGGUUGGGGUGGUCAGGUUCCCUGGGGCUGCUAUCACCCACACAGGAGGUAGCAGCAGCGCAGGGCACACGGGAUUCGUCACUGUACCUGAGGUCCCUGCACCCGUGGUUAUGUUUGGAUCAGGAGCCCAGCCCCAGUCCCAUCCUGUCCCUCUGCUGUCGGUGGCAGCUGUCCCCAGCAUAACCCUCACCACCGAGCCCCAGGGUCCAUCUGGAGAGACGGCACAGAAGAGGACGGAGAAAGAGACAAAGCAGGUGGAGGAGAGGGAGAGGAAGAUGAAGCAGGCGGAGAAGGAGAGGGAGAAACAGGAAGAGAAGGAGAGGGAGAGUCAUCUGCCGCCAUGGCAGCGUGGACGUGACUUGACGCUUCCAUCUGCGUCUUCACAGUUUGGGUCUGGGGGGUCAGAGGAGCCUGCAAAGGACCAGGGAGACACCCCUAAAAUGUCACCCUUCGGCAGGGACGAACCCCUAUCCUCCGCUCCCGGCUCAGCCAUGACGACCACCACCACCCCCCCGCCUGCCAUCGCCCCCAAGAAGCUCCGCAUGUUCUCCGACACCUCCUCCGGCUCCAUGAUCUCCCGUCCCAAACCUGUGCAGCAGGGGUCAGUGGUGGUGACCACCCCAGGGGAACCCCCUGAACCCCAUGGUAUAUCUGUGAGACCCCAGGUGGUCCUUGUCUCAGGGGCCCAGCAGCACACAGACGACACCAUGGAGGUCACUGCACUGAACAAGGCGUCCGUGGAGAAGCCUGGAUGGAAAACUGGAGACGAUGGGAAGAUGGAGAAGGAGCGUGACAGCCAGGCGGAGAAGGAGCGUGACAGCCAGGCGGAGAAGGAGCAUGACAGCCAGGCGGAGGCGGAGAAGGAGCGUGACAGCCAGGCGGAGGCAGAGAAGGAGCGUGACAGCCAGGCGGAGGCAGAGAAGGAGCGUGACAGCCAGGCGGAGGCAGAGAAGGAGCGUGACAGCCAGGCGGAGAAGGAGCGUGACAGCCAGAAGGAGAAGGAGCGUGACAGCCAGAAGGAGAAGGAGCAGGAGCGUGACAGCCAGGCGGAGAAGGAGAAGGAGCGUGACAGCCAGGCGGAGAAGGAGCGUGACAGCCAGAAGGAGAAGGAGCGUGACAGCCAGGCGGAGAAGGAGACUUCUAAAGCCGGGGAGACCAGGAGAAGGGGACCUGAAAAGACUGUUGAGGUUGAGCCCAUGGGACCUGUUCUGCCCCCUUCUUACCCAGGUAAGGGAGAAGAAGAGAGGAGGAGGAAGGAAGAUGAGGGGAGGAGGAAGGAAUAUGAGAGGUUGAAGGAAGAAGAGCGAGGCAGACUGGGGGAGAGGGCGAGGCACAGGAGGUCAUCCCCCUCCAGUGGUGGCGACUCUUCAUCCUCGGACUCUGGAUCCUCUUCGUCACGUACCUCUGGCUCCACCUCCUCCCGGGACAAAAAAAAGAAGAAGACUGGCACAGGAAAAGGGGAUAAAAAGAGAAGACUGGACAGAGGAGAGAAGAACCAACCUGCCAGGGAGGUAAAGCAAUCUUCCCUGUCAGAGCCGUCUUGCCCUCUGGAGAGGCCAGACCCAGGCCAGACCCAGCCCAUCCCCGUCGGGGACCCACAGAACAGUGAGGGCCGUAUGGAGGAGAGCACCACUCCUAAAGCGUUCGCUGCACGCAAGAUCUCCUUGACCACAGGCAGUAAGACUUCUCCAGAGGGAGGAGCAGCAGCAGGGGGGGAGGCAGAGUCCGGGACCGCCGCUGGGAGGAAGAGGAGGUGGGGAUCCAGCACGGCCGUCAACGCCAAGAAACCAUCCAUCAGCAUUACCACAGACUCACUCAAGUCUCUGAUCCCAGACAUCAAGCCCAGUCAGGAGGCUGUGGUGGAUCUCCACCCUGAUGACAUACAGUUGUCUGGGGACGAGGACACCACCACCACCAGGGAGGACCAGGGCCUGGACAAGGGCCUCAAGAUCAGACGCACCGUCACACAGGUGGUCCCAGGUGAAAACCCGGAGAAUGGCCAGGGAGAACGAGAGGAGGAGGAGGAGGAGGAGGAGAAACCGGAGCGUGACAGAGGGAGGACACAGAAAGAGAAGAGGAAGAACAGCAACUCAGAAGACACCAUGGAGUCUCAGUCCUCCACUACUCACGACGCCGACGCUAAGAAAGUCAUUCCCAGUGAUACUCUGGUGCGUCGCUCCAUCAGUCAGCAGAAGUCAGGUGUGUCUGUUACCAUCGACGACCCGGUCCGCACCGCCAAACAGCCCUCUCCGCCCAGAGGCAAAGUCUCCAACAUCGUCCACGUCUGUAACCUGGUGCGACCUUUCACCCUGGGCCAGCUGAAGGAGCUACUGAACAGGACAGGCUCAGUGGCAGAGGAUGGCUUCUGGAUCGAUAAGAUCAAGUCUCACUGCUACGUCACUUACUCCAGCACAGAGGAGGCUGUGGCCACGCGAGCUGCUCUCCACGGGGUGAAGUGGCCCCAAAGCAACCCUAAGGUCCUCAGUGUGGACUUCUGUGAGCAGAACGAGCUGGACUUCCACAGAGGCCUGCUGACAGUGGACCCCAGAGAGGAGCACCGCCCCCAGCCUGGUGUGGGUCCUGGAGGUCCCAAAGUCCGACCGGGCGCGCUGCCCCCUCUGAUGGACGGGCGCGGGGACCGCGCCGUGGUCGGAGGGGUGCGGGACCAGUGGGCGGAGAGAGAGAGGGAGAUGGAACGCCGGGAGAGAACCAGGGCGGAACGUGAGUGGGACCGGGACAAGGUUCGAGACUUCGGAGGCAAACCAGGAGAGGAGAGGGAGAGAGGGAGGAGAUCUCGCUCCCUGGAUAGAGAGAGGAGGCGGAAGGAGAGGGACGGGAAGGAGAAGAAGACCGACAAAAAGGACGAGCCUCCUGCCAAAUUACUAGACGACCUCUUCAAUAAGACCAAAGCAGCUCCCUGUAUAUACUGGCUCCCCCUCACUGAAGAACAGGCAAACCAGAGGGGAAAAGAACGGGAAGAGCGACAGAAAGAACGAGAGAGGAGGCGGAAAGAACAGCUGGAGGAGGAGGACAAGAAGCGAGAGGAGGAGAGAAAGGAGAGAAUUAAAAGCAGAGAGAAGGAGGGAGGAGCUGCGGUAAGCACUGGAAGUGUGAGUGUCCGGGGAUCUGAGGGAGACCGGGACAGAGAGAGGGAGCGAGGGAGGGACAGAGAGGGGGAUAAGAGGAGGGACAGUGGUGGUUUCAGACCCAGAGGUCCUGAUACUAAACCCUCUUCAGGGUUCCGACGCUCCCGUAGCCGUAGCAACCCCCGAGACAAACGCCGUUGAGUGUUCAGUUUGACAGAGUGAGAGAGUUGG